GCGGCGGCGCGCCCGGCCCCCUCCCCCGGCGCCGGCCACGGGAGGCGGUGAUGCGGGCGCGGGCGGCCUCGGCUGCGCCGAGAGCGGAGACACAGGCUCAAGAUGGCAGAUUCCGACUGAGGCUGGGGGGGCCGAGCUCGCGCGCCGCUUUCCCGUCCCCGUUGCCAUGAACCGCGGACACCCCGGCCCCGAUGGCCCCCGUGUACGAAGGUAUGGCCUCACAUGUGCAAGUUUUCUCCCCUCACACCCUUCAAUCAAGUGCCUUCUGUAGUGUGAAGAAACUGAAAAUAGAGCCGAGUUCCAACUGGGACAUGACUGGGUACGGCUCCCACAGCAAAGCGUAUAGCCAGAGCAAGAACAUUCCCCCGUCGCAGCCAGCCACCACAACCGUCAGCACCUCCUUGCCGGUCCCAAACCCAAGCCUACCUUACGAGCAGACCAUCAUCUUCCCAGGAAGCACCGGGCACAUCGUGGUCACCUCAGCAAGCAGCACUUCUGUCACCGGGCACGUCCUCGGCGGACCACACAACCUAAUGCGUCGAAGCACUGUGAGCCUCCUUGAUACCUACCAAAAAUGUGGCCUCAAGCGUAAGAGCGAGGAGAUCGAGAACACAAGCAGCGUGCAGAUCAUCGAGGAGCACCCACCCAUGAUUCAGAAUAAUGCCAGCGGGGCCACUGUCGCCACUGCCACCACGUCGACUGCCACCUCCAAAAACAGUGGCUCCAACAGCGAGGGCGACUAUCAGCUGGUGCAGCAUGAGGUGCUGUGCUCCAUGACCAACACUUACGAGGUCUUAGAGUUCUUGGGCCGAGGGACAUUUGGGCAAGUGGUCAAGUGCUGGAAACGGGGCACCAAUGAGAUUGUAGCCAUCAAGAUCCUGAAGAACCACCCGUCCUAUGCCCGACAAGGUCAGAUUGAAGUGAGCAUCCUGGCCCGGUUGAGCACGGAGAGUGCCGAUGACUAUAACUUCGUCCGGGCCUACGAAUGUUUCCAGCACAAGAACCACACGUGCUUGGUCUUCGAGAUGUUGGAGCAGAACCUCUAUGACUUUCUGAAGCAAAACAAGUUUAGCCCCUUGCCCCUCAAAUACAUUCGCCCAGUUCUCCAGCAGGUAGCCACAGCCCUGAUGAAACUCAAAAGCCUAGGUCUUAUCCAUGCUGACCUCAAACCAGAAAACAUCAUGCUGGUGGAUCCAUCUAGACAACCAUACAGAGUCAAGGUCAUCGACUUUGGUUCAGCCAGCCACGUGUCCAAGGCUGUGUGCUCCACCUACUUGCAGUCUAGAUAUUACAGGGCCCCUGAGAUCAUCCUUGGUUUACCAUUUUGUGAGGCAAUUGACAUGUGGUCCCUGGGCUGUGUGAUCGCAGAACUGUUCCUGGGCUGGCCGUUAUAUCCAGGAGCUUCAGAGUAUGAUCAGAUUCGGUAUAUUUCACAAACACAAGGUUUGCCUGCUGAAUAUUUAUUAAGCGCAGGGACAAAGACAACUAGGUUUUUCAACCGUGACACGGACUCACCAUAUCCUUUGUGGAGACUGAAGACACCAGAUGACCAUGAAGCAGAGACAGGGAUUAAGUCAAAAGAAGCAAGAAAAUACAUUUUCAACUGUUUAGAUGAUAUGGCCCAGGUGAACAUGACAACAGAUUUGGAAGGCAGCGACAUGUUGGUGGAAAAGGCUGACCGGCGAGAGUUCAUUGACCUGUUGAAGAAGAUGCUGACCAUUGACGCUGACAAGAGAAUCACUCCAAUCGAAACCCUGAACCAUCCCUUUGUCACCAUGACACACUUACUGGAUUUUCCCCACAGCACACACGUCAAAUCAUGUUUCCAGAACAUGGAGAUCUGCAAGCGUCGAGUGAAUAUGUAUGACACAGUGAACCAGAGCAAAACCCCUUUCAUCACGCACGUGGCCCCCAGCACAUCCACCAACCUGACCAUGACCUUUAACAACCAGCUGACCACUGUCCACAACCAGGCUCCCUCCUCUACCAGUGCCACUGUUUCCUUAGCCAAUCCCGAAGUCUCCAUACUAAACUACCCAUCUACACUCUACCAGCCCUCAGCGGCAUCCAUGGCUGCAGUGGCCCAGCGGAGCAUGCCCCUGCAGACAGGAACAGCCCAGAUUUGUGCCCGGCCUGACCCGUUCCAGCAAGCUCUCAUCGUGUGUCCCCCCGGCUUCCAAGGCUUGCAGGCCUCUCCCUCUAAGCACGCUGGCUACUCGGUGCGAAUGGAAAAUGCAGUUCCCAUCGUCACUCAAGCUCCAGGAGCUCAGCCUCUUCAGAUCCAACCAGGUCUGCUUGCCCAGCAGGCUUGGCCAAGUGGGACCCAGCAGAUCCUGCUUCCCCCAGCAUGGCAGCAGCUGACUGGAGUGGCCACCCACACAUCAGUGCAGCACGCCACCGUCAUUCCUGAGACCAUGGCAGGUACCCAGCAAUUGGCGGACUGGAGGAACACGCAUGCUCACGGAAGCCAUUACAAUCCCAUCAUGCAGCAGCCUGCGCUAUUGACCGGUCAUGUGACCCUUCCAGCAGCCCAGCCCUUAAAUGUGGGCGUGGCCCACGUGAUGCGGCAGCAGCCAACCAGCACCACCUCCUCCCGGAAGAGUAAGCAGCACCAGUCAUCUGUGAGAAACGUCUCCACCUGUGAGGUGUCCUCCUCUCAGGCCAUCAGCUCCCCACAGCGAUCCAAGCGUGUCAAGGAGAACACACCUCCCCGCUGCGCCAUGGUGCACAGUAGCCCGGCCUGCAGCACCUCGGUCACCUGUGGGUGGGGCGACGUGGCCUCCAGCACCACCCGGGAGCGGCAGCGGCAGACAAUUGUCAUUCCCGACACCCCCAGCCCCACGGUCAGCGUCAUCACCAUCAGCAGUGACACGGACGAGGAGGAGGAACAGAAACACGCCCCCACCAGCACUGUCUCCAAGCAGAGAAAAAACGUCAUCAGCUGUGUCACGGUCCACGACUCCCCCUACUCCGACUCCUCCAGCAACACCAGCCCCUACUCCGUGCAGCAGCGCACCGGGCACAACAACGCCAACGCCUUUGACACCAAGGGGAGUCUGGAGAAUCACUGCACGGGGAACCCCCGAACCAUCAUCGUGCCACCCCUGAAAACCCAGGCCAGCGGAGUAUUGGUGGAGUGUGAUAGCCUGGUGCCAGUCAACACCAGUCACCACUCGUCCUCCUACAAGUCCAAGUCCUCCAGCAACGUGACCUCCACCAGCGGUCACUCUUCAGGGAGCUCAUCUGGAGCCAUCACCUACCGGCAGCAGCGGCCAGGCCCCCACUUCCAGCAGCAGCAGCCGCUCAAUCUCAGCCAGCAAAGGGUAGAGCACUGCGUCCUGCCCCUGUCAGCCUGGGACUCCAGGGACAGACCUGCAUCCGACUCAUUGCGGGGAGGGCCCACACACCACAGCCUCCAAGUGAAGGCUCAGCAGCACAUCACCGCGGACCGCACCGGGAGCCACCGACGGCAGCAGGCCUAUAUCACUCCCACCAUGGCCCAGGCUCCCUACUCCUUCCCGCACAACAGCCCCAGCCACGGCACUGUCCACCCCCACCUGGCUGCAGCCGCCGCCGCCGCCCACCUCCCCACCCAGCCUCACCUCUACACCUACACCGCGCCUGCGGCCCUGGGCUCCACGGGCACCGUGGCCCACCUGGUGGCCUCGCAAGGCUCAGCGCGCCACACCGUGCAGCACACUGCCUACCCAGCCAGCAUCGUCCACCAGGUCCCCGUGAGCAUGGGCCCCCGGGUCCUGCCCUCACCCACCAUCCACCCGAGUCAGUAUCCAGCCCAGUUUGCCCACCAGACCUACAUCAGCGCCUCGCCAGCCUCCACCGUCUACACUGGAUACCCACUGAGCCCCGCCAAGGUCAACCAGUACCCUUACAUAUAAACACUGGAUGGGGGGGAGGGAGGGAGGGAGAGAAUGGCCCGAGGGAGGAGGGAGAGAAGGAGGGAGGCGCUCCUGGGACCCUGGGCGCUGGCCUUUUAUACUGAAGAUGCGGCACACAAACAAUGCAAAAGGGGCAGGGGCGGGGGGCAGGGGGACGGGACGGGACACCAGUGAAACUUGAACCGGGAAGUGGGAGGACGUAGAGCAGAGAAGAGAACAUUUUUAAGAGGAAGGGAUUAUAGAGGGUGGGAAAUCUAUGGUUUUUAUUUUAAAAAAGAAAAAGGAAAAAAAAAAGUCAAUAACAAAAAACAGCUCAAGAACCCAUUCUACGCCAAACUGGAAAGGAGAAGACAGCAACAGGAAGAUUCCAGAAGCGGGGGGCCCCAGUUUUUGAAGAACUUUAUGAACUUUUCAAAGAUUAUUUUCAUAUGGCAGCAAGUGAUAUGGAAGACUUUGCUGUCAGGGACACCUGAUAUGGAAAUCAAAUAGAUUUUUAAUUAAUUGAACAUAAGAUUUAGGGAUUUUCCCAGAACUCGAAAGGGUCAACAGCUCUCCAGAACGUCAGGCUGCAGCCUGAGGAGGCUGAUGUUUGGAGCUGGUGUGGGGUUGGCGAAGCUGAGUCCAGGCUCCCUAGUCAGGAAAGACAGGGGACGGCCAGGCUACUGGAAGGCCCCCGGGGGCGCGGGGCGGGUUUUCUUUUUCUGAGCACUCUGGAUAAAUCCCUAAGCAAUGUUGUUCCUCAAAUGUCAUUAAUAAUGUGUGUUGCAAACUUUAGGUUUUUUUUCUUUUCUGAAAAUGUAUUUUCUCUUUGAAUCCACCCCUAGUCGCAUAGCGUAGGGCUAGCGGUCGUCACGGACACCCUAGUAGAAUGUAGCACUCAGCACCCUUGUCUCCUACCUUGUGUUCAACUCCAAUGAUACCAAUAGAAUAUUCCUCAAUGUAAUUGCACAAAAAAAAAAGCGAUAUAACAUAGGCAUGUAACCAAUGUGGCGGUGCAGGUGUGCGGGUGAGCGAGCGCGUGUGGGUGUGCACGCGCCGCCCUCCCCGCGUGGCCCUCGGCGCCGCCACCCUAGCUGGCGCAGUCUUGACACUGCAUCCUUCCCUCCUAGUGCCUUACCGAGCGACGCGGCGUGAGGGUUUACUUCCACUGGUACUCCAAGAAACUGAGGCUAGUCAGACACAAUCUCAGCUCUUCUGUUGUGCUGUUGUAACAGUUUACUCUGGCCUUUUCUUUUUUUUUUCUUUUUCUUUUUAAAAUGUUAAUGCCCAUUGUCUUUCCUGGGCUGUUUGCUAGCGGAAGGAUGCCAGGGAGGCCGGCAGGAGCUAGGAGAGAGUCCGUGGAUCUUGAAAGAAAUAUGGGAGACAGAUGCCUGGCAGGUGCGUCUGGAGAUGGGGACAGCGGGAGUUGAGUUGUGGCAGUAGUUGAGUUGUACUUUGUGGGCGGAGGCCCAGAGAGACUCCCCACCCUUCACCCCUGCCCCACUCUGUCCCCAGCUCUGCCAUUUGUGAGGCCAGAGGUUUCGGGACUGUUGGCCUUGCCAGGCAGCUGUCUCCCGCCCUAGGCAGCACUCCCUAGUCCCUCCCACCAUGAGAGCCUGGAGCUCUCAGCCUCGCCCGGGACUCCACUCUCUCCUCCGACUCCCUGGGCUAUUUUGCUCUAACCAUCUUGCCAGAUCCCUCCCUCCGGAGACAACCACCAACCUCUGUUUGCUGUUGAAUCCUCUCCUCACAUUACCCAGGUCUGCUCAAGACAUGAUUUUGGUUUUGGUUUCCGAGGGUUCUGGUGGGCAGGAGGUUGGAGGGACACUUACGAGGGUGACCGGGGAUCUGACGCUGCACUUUGGAAAAAUUCACACAGUUAAAUUUCCAAAGAAAUCUGCCCUUUGCCCUCUUUGCACCUUUGACACAUUCUGGAAGUUUUCUCAGGCUUUGGACACUGCUGGGGAUGGAGGUGUCUCCGGAGAGGUGGGGAGUUCUCUGUCUUCAUAGUAAAUAACUCUGAAAUAUGUGAAUGUGAUUGGCAGGAGAAUCUGGCCAAGGAUGGGGCCGAAAAGGGUGGUUCUAAUUGUUUGCUUCUGAUGUUGAGUCCUUAGCUGACCCCACAGGCAGGUUUCCAAGGUGCAAAGAGAUCUUUCCCGAGUCAGCGGCCCCAUCCUUAUCCUCCCGCCCUUUACUUCCUCACUCUGCAGUCUCCUUCAAGGAUCUACUGUGAAAGGUGUGUUUGUAGUGAUAUCCAACUAACUCAGUAACGAAGCCGUUACUUAGCUCUUAGCUGUGAAAUAACUCUGGAAACUUCCCCACCCCAACCAUAAAUUCUCACUUACAAAGAAAUAGGUCCCCAAACUGGAAACAGCUUAGUCCAGCGAGAAGGAAGGACACCAUAACUGCUCGAUGCUGGACACAGCUGGGCAGUCUUGCCAAGUGCCCACUGGAGGCUGAACAGGCAAGAGGCCUACAGCAAGGAGAUGCCCUCCCCUCGGGCCAUUGUCAAGACCGUGUUUAUCUGGAGGUGGGGAAGUGCAGCGCUCUGAGACAGCAGGACAAUGGUCAGUUCGGAGAGGGUAAGGGCAGCAAAGGGUCCAGAGGACACAAGCCAGAGGACCCCCUGCUCCACAGCUGGGUCAGCCUGGAAAAUCCGUCUGUUAGGGACUUUCUGGCAGCCAGAUGGCAGCAGUAGCCCAUUAGGUCUCAUCCCGAGUUCCAAGUCUUGGCUGCAAAUGAGCCUCAGUUCGCCUUAUUGGAGAGCACCCCCAGACUCCAGGGCACAGUUCAGUUCCAGCCCUUUCUAGAUCUGAUCUUUUAGGGGGAAAGACAGCUUAAAAUGUUCUUUUUGUUUUAAAGAAAAUUCUUCUGUCUGCUUAAGUUGGAGGCUACUUUCACCUGACGUUUUCUUUCCUUUUAUUCUUCCAGAUCAGGAAUGAAAUUUCCAUGCUGCUCAUAAAGAUAAUAUUGUACUAAUUAUUUUUCUUACCAUUGUAAUUAUGAUCAUUAUGUUGAUAUUUUAGUCAGGGUUUUAAAUGCACGUUUAUUCCAAGUAUCUUUGUGUUUUCUCUUUAAUAUUUAGACUUCUUCUCUCUGUGAGUGUGUGAGUAGACUGGAGGGACAUCCAGAUGUCCAGUUUUGUCAGGCAAAAAAAAAAAAAAAAAAAAGGAAAGACUUAAGAAGUAGGAAAAUUGUUUCUGUCAUCUCUAUCCCACCAAGAGCCGUCAAGAAAGAUCCACCACAGAACAAAAGUUUAAAGAAGAAUCAAAGCCUUGAUUGGGCUUCUGACAACAUGGUCAUCAUCAAGGUUGCCAUUUUCUAGAUCCCAGCGAGCUGGGAUGCGACGUCAGGUGGCAUCUCGUGGGCUCGGGGAAUGCUGAGUCACUGACUAUCCAGCCCUUAGCUGGCUUCUCUCCCACAUCCUCAGAGUUCUCCUGUGCUUCUGAAAUCUGUUAACUAAAUCUUUGGCUUGCCUCUGAUACUGAAGCAAGAAAAUUCCCUCCCAGAGGUGAGCCCAGCCGCUUCCCCACACAUCCACCCUUUUCCCAUCUGCGCACCUGGGGCGUGGUUAGAUUCUUCACUGCAGAAACAUUUGCCCCCUCCCAGAAGCUGCUGGGCACAGUGAGGUGGCGUAAGAGUGACUGGCAGGUGGUACCUCCCCCAGGAAAUUUCACCACACCACCCAGUUCCUCAGCCUGCCCCCUCCCCCUGUGAUGCAUGCUCCCAGCACCCAAUUCUAGCCAGCUGGAAGUGGGUGGAGGGAUGGCAAGAGGCCAGAGAAACCCUGAACAAAGCUGGGUGGCUGCUCAGGCAUCACAGGUUGUGCCCCCUCUGAAAGUGGGCUCCGGCCACAUCCUCAGUGCACUGUGCUGUGUGUGCUGGGUGCUCACACGCUAUCCCCAGACCCACAAAGUGCUAGGUCCCAGAUGAAGAAAGGGGUGAAAUAGCCAGCUUCACCAAAGGGAAGGGAAGGGAAGUAUUGGGCGAUGCCAGCCCCACAGAUGCUCAGCAGACAUUAGUGCACAUCCUCCUAGUCCUCACCCGAUGGCCUCCUCUACCCCAUGCAUGGAGCUGCCACAUCAGAAGCCCCAGGAGAGGCUCCCUGCAGGAGAGGCCAGCUCCCUGAAAGCCCAUUUGCAUACCUGGCCGAAUCUGCCAUGUGGUCACCUUGGCAAAUAGGCUGCUGUCACUAGGACCAAGCUCUCAAGCAGAGGGAUGCCAAUCUAGUCCUUUCUUAGCCCACAAAUCAUCUAGAGCAUCCUCUAGUCUCUCGUGGGCUCCCUCCUUCCCUUUUGAAGAAACAUUGUUCAGAGGAAGAGGGGAAGAUUUGAAAUGUCAGGUCAUGAAGGAGUGUUUAAUUGGAGCCUGGUGAACCGCAGGGCGAUUUGCUUCUGCUGCUCACUGGGUUCUGACUGGCCCGUCUGGACGCGGGCCCCCAUGUCUCUGUGCUUAGGGCCUCUUCAUGAUGUUUUGGAUGUUUCCAAGGGAAGUGGGCGAGCAGAUCAAGGGGGUGGGAGAGUCGAGGCUUGAUGCCAAUUAAUACUGUGAAGUGGAGCGUGCGGUCAGUGGAAUUCAGAGGAAAAAGAAGGGUUGGAGCAAAGCGGCAUUCAUCUCCUGGACUGUUAGCCUUUCUAGUCUUCCUGGUGGCUGACGUGUUCGCAGGCUGGGGAAGCCAGCUGACCUUUGUCCUCUUCAACCUAGAAGACAGCCUGCCCAGACACCAACGUGUGAGACGAAUGGACGUCAGGAAGGGAAGGGGAGAUUAGCCCAGCUGCCGACAGAACGAUUUCCCUUGGUUGGACCUUGGGAAUGGCAAACACUCAUAUUGGAACAAGCUUGGGGUGGAAGAUUUAGGCCGUGUGAGCGUGUGUGAGUGAGUGGAACAAACUUUCUUGGAAACUGGAGGGAGGAGAUGAGGAGGCUUCGGGAAGUAUUACUGAUGGCUUAUAAGGUUGAGAGAGCGACAUGGGGCCCCGGCUCGCCCCAGCUUUCGUCCCAGGUUUUCUUUGUCUGAUGCUGAGGGCAGGGUGGGGUGUGGGACCACCACUCUUGCUGGCCUGUCAGGUAGCCACUAGGACAGAAAAUGGAAAGAAGGAAAUGACUCAGUGCUGUCAACUAGCAGAGAGAAUUCGAGAGAGGCCAGGGUUCCUUCCACAGGCCAGCCUGGGACUCCACAGUGCCAGCAGGAGUGACUUUGCCACGAGACAUUCCAGCCCAAGGGACUUUGCAGGCUUCAUUCCCUGUCUGUCUUUUCCUUCUGAUGUGUGUUACAGAUUUCUGACGGGGAAGCUUCAAACUUGAGCAGGCCAGAGAUGUCCUUACCAAAUUGGAAAGGAAGGUGAAGCUGUUCCUUUCUUUAGCCAAAGAACCCUUCUCAAAGAUGCCUCCAGAGAUGGAGAAAAUGGCCUUCCCCUCCUUCCUUUCCAGGCAAUAAUGACAUCAUUAGUGAUGCAAUUCUGUUCGUCUUUCUCUUUCCUCUCUGUCCUUUUUUUUUUUUUUUUUUUUUAAAUGUAUUUGUUUCAAAACUGUGCUAUUCUUUUAAGAGGAGUGGAGGAGACCCCUUGGAUGCUGCUGCUACUGGGAGACAAGGAGCCGUACCAAUCGGUGGGCUUGACUAAUCCCGGGCCACCAUGGGAGCGAGCAAAGCAGAGCUGCCAGGAGUUCAGCUGCAUCAGGGACGUAGAGCACGUGGGGGCUGGGCUCGGAAUAGCGGUACUUUUCCACUUUGAUGCCUUAGAACUCUCACUUCUCAUCUCCACAGACCAGACUCAGUAAAAUCUCAGGCCACUAGAGAAUGGAAGGCGGUGAAACAGGAUUUAAAUGCAAAAGAAACCUAUUGGAGGCUUUUGGCACCGUGGCUCACUAGAGGGACCCAGCAUAGUAGAGGUUUCUCGUGUCUUUGUUGCAGCUUCCGAAAAGUUCAAAAAAGAACUCCAGGCCGUUCUUUGCUCAGACCCAGUGAGAGAUUGUGGAGAAGUGCCCCCUGCAGGUCUCCUGGCCCAGAACACCAGCACCAGAGGGGAUCUUCUGAUGCCCCCUGCUGGACUUGCCCAAGCCUGUGGGAGCCCCUCAUCUCAGAUCCCUGUGCUGAACAUGGCACCGACUGUCCCUUAUUUGUUAAAAUUUGCAACAUCUCUCAAGUAAAUAAUAGCCAACAUUUGUUGAAUACCUUCACGGCUCCCGGGCCAAGGCCUUUAUGAGCGUUGUCUCAAGGGGCCCCCACUUCCACCCCACAGGGAGGCGGAUAACAGCCCCCAUUUAUAGAUAAGGGAGCUGACCAGAUGCUCCGAGAAGUGGCAGGUGUUGAAGGAAGGAUAAAGCAGUGAUGGGCCAGAAUUCCCAAGGUGCCGUUUUUUGUUAAUGAGGCCCUUCCUGAGAUGUGAUUUUUAAUCUUUUAACUUUUUAAAUUAAUAGCAAUGCGUGGCCUCAUAUUUCUAUGAACCAUUUAGCGAUACUCCCGCUUCCUGCAUGCCACACACUGUGCUGGGAAUUGCUCACGGGUCGUCCUGUUUCAUCUUUUCAGCAGCCCUGUGAGAUCGGCAGUAUUAGUCCCCCUACAGCCAAGGAAACUGCGCAGAGCCACACAGCUCAUGAGGGGCAAGGAGGGCUUGAACCUGAGUCUGCCCAGCUCCAGAACUGAGCUUGCAGCCAUUGGCUGCAGCUGUCUCCUGCAUGUCUGAGCAGAGAAAGGCCUUUACACAGCAUCACCCUGGGCCAUCCCGCGCACUGUGGGACUCAGCUGAAGGACUGUGCAAAGAGGGGGCUUCUGAGUUGGAUUUAGGCAAAAGGGGCAGAAUUAGUUUGAUUUUUAGAGAAAAUCUCUGGAGAGUUUCUUUUGAUUCAUAGUAGAAUUCCUUUUAGAUUUCUUUCCAGCAUACCAACUAGCUUUAGUAGUGCUGCUACAACCAGCUCUUAUAAGUAAGAGUGAAAAAGAAGUAUUCUUUUCUUCUUUAAAAAAUAAUUUUUUCUUGCUUAUAGUUAAUUCUAGAAAGGCAAUACUAAAGGUAUAUAUUUUUUUCAAAAUGCUAUUUUUUACUGCACUUGAUAAUUAUCCUGACAGCUCUGAUCUCUGUGAUAGAUUCACUCUUCAGCUCUGGGCAGAACCAGAGGCAGGGUUCACACCAAAUUUGUAAAUACCAUAUGUGGGUCUGGUGUCCAGGAACUUUUUUCUUUCUGUUAAAAAAGAAAAAAAAGGAAAAAAAAAAAAGAAGUAGAGGUGGAAGAAAGACAAGACUUAGAGGAACAAAAGAACGUUUUCUUUUGAGAUAGAUACUCUUCUCAAAGAAAUAGCAACAAUUGUACAAACAGGAAAACCAGCCAGCUUUCAUGAUAAAAGGAAGGAGUGUCUCUUGCCCUGGUAUGAGAUUAACAGAAAUACAGAUGCAUUUUUGUUUUGGUUGAAAGAUGGUGAGAAUUUAGAAAUGCUUAGGACUAGAUUUUUAAUUGUUUAAAAGAACUAUUCUCAUUUAUUAUGAAAUAUGUGUUCGGUUGUUUUCAGUGGGUUUCUUGUUCCUUUUUUCGUUUAAAACCUUCUUUGUUGACUGGCUCCAGGCUUGUUUGCCUAAAUUCUUAGGUAGUUUACACAAGUUCUAGAAUCUUUUAGAACUUUUAACUCCAUUGGAAGCAAACCCAACUAAUCGGAGUUUGAAAUCCUGGUUGGUUUCAAUAGGUAUUCUGGAAUUCUGGCAGAACACCUAAAGAUUUUUUUUAAGAAGGUUUUAGAUACAUUAUCUUACACAAACUGUGACCUAAUGGCAAUAAUUACCUCAAAUGUGGGCAUUCAUCCUGGUUUUAGCCUUUUUUGAAAUCAUGUAGCCAGCUUGAUCUUGGAAUUUAAAGACUAUGAAUUCUCUGUGGGCUGAAAAUAAUGAUUACUUCAUACCCCGGUCAUCGUUGCUUAAGUGAAUUCUGAAAAUAGCUCAUCUUUACAACAAAAAUGAAACCAAGGAAGAGAUUAUUCUUUGUGUGUCGUACUCAAAUGUGAUGUUCAAAUGCACAUGUUAAGUAUAUAUGUUUUUAGCUACUGUAAAAUGCUGUUAGCCUUCUAAGCUAUCAAGAGAGUCACAUUUUAAAUGAGUAAACUAAACUAUUGACUGUGGAUACUUAAGCAUAUUUCUGGCUACGUUUUAUAGGUAAAGUGUUUUAUAGUUUACAUUUAGACUGGUACUUUUUAAAGAAAAGUUCUGUUUAUAACUGACAUCCGCAAACCCCAGCGAAUGCCUCUUAGUUGCAGGCUGCGUCUCCCCCAAGGCAGGUGUGUUGUCCCAGACUCUUCUGUAGUCCAGCAUGUGCACCGCCCUCUGGAUUAUUAGCUUCCAUGUGAACUCGAGAGAACGUGAAAAGCAAUCCAGAUUGGAGGGAGAUGGAGGGAGAAUCUGUGAGUCCGCAGCCCGGGCCAGAUGCAAAGGUCUCAUGCAUGUCAUCUAAACACUUGAAUUCAAGGCCUUCUCUCUGACGUCUUGGAGAAGUCAUUGAGAACAGUUAACCUGGUUCAUUGGUUUUUGUCUUGAUUUGAAUAUUUAACUUAUUAAUAGAUCCACUGAUUUCCAGGCACCAGGCAGUAGAAGAGACUGGGAUUCAGGUGACCAUGAAGGCGCAGCUGCUACUUCUGGGCCCGGGAUGAUAUUUUGAUCAGUGUUUUGUAGGGGAGGACCAUAUACCCCUAUUCCCAUGGUCGCUGGCUGGGUUUUCCAUAUAUCUGCUGUCAUUUAUUCGUUUUCCCCUUGAAAGCAAAAUCAGUGUAAAAGGCUAUGUUUACGUUUUACUCAUUGUCCAGCUUAGACUCAAAGCCUAGUUCGGUGGGAGGGGGACCUUAGCAUCCUCUCAGAAAUGGUCAGGGCUGAGCAGGAGAGGAAGGCGGAGACGGGGGCAGCUCAGCCUGGUCCAUUGAGACCUACUCUAAACAGACAUCAUGUUUGGAACAAGAGAGAUGCUUUGAGUUGGGGAUGGGCCCCACUGUCACGCAGAGACAGACGGGGGGGAUGGCAGUUUCCCUGAGUCUUGGUUUCUUUUGCUUUCUCUUGUGCCACCACCAAACUGCAGAGGAUCUCCUGUGACCUAAAGGGCAUUCCUUUAGCAGAGAAGACCUUGAAAACUGCAAAACACCUGGGACCAGGGAGCUUUUAAAAGAUACAAAAAAUAUACCACUUUUGCUCUUUCCCUGUGAACUGCAUUGACAGUGUGUUCUUACGACAGUCUUUUGGUAGAAAUGUUACCGUAAAAUAGUUUUCAUCUCACCCCUCCUAAAGAUACUCCCACUUUCCUGUUUGUGUGGUGAUGGUGGUGUUUUUUCCUUUACAUGAAUUAACCAAAUGAAUUUUGUGUCGUCGUUUUUGGGGCUUAUAUUUUUAAAACAUAGAAAUUGCCUUUUUGUUCAUUUGAAAAGUAAGUAUGUUGUAUCUGAAAAAGGGCUCUGCCUCUGCUCUCCCUAGCUUCCUUGUAACCAAUCUCCAAAUGAAUCUCUCCUGGCCCUGCCCUCUUCCUUAUAUAGGGUCACUGUCCCCAGGGCCACCUCUGCCUCCACCCUGCUGUCACCACUGCCCCGGGCCAAGGCACCCAGGACUCCCAGAAAGCGCGAGAGCCGGCAAGAAGGCCCCAGUCAGCCUUGAGACUGGUGGUCACAACUGUCAAGAGUCGCCUGCUGGGCUGAAGGGGCAACAGAUUGUCAUUGUUGAAAUUGUUUGGCUCAGGUUAUGAGGAGGAACUUGGGAAGUAGAAAGUGACUUGACCAUGCACGUCCCUGCUAGCUUCCUGUAACUAAUGAACAGAGAGCGCACCCCCGCCCCGCCCCGUCCUGUCCCACCCGGUCCCCAAGCAGAUGUUCCCGUCUGUCGGUCCCCCGUUUCGGCUCUCCUCCCUUUUGUGUUCCUGCUCACUUCAAGCUUCUUCCAUGGACUUUCCAGGGCACAAUCAUCUCUGGCCCCCAAAUCCUCUCUUCAUCCUCUGUGUGUGCAUUUUUUUAACCAAAUGAAAUAGACAAGAAAGUCAUACUUUGGGGCAGCAGAAUUUCUAGUUUAGCAGAAUCACUGUAUAGAGAUAGAUAUUGAUAUAUAUGUUUGUGUAUAUAUAUCAAACCAAAUUUGAUAGGAGAAGUAUAGCUUUAUGGAUGAGGAGGAGGAAGAGCUCUUUAGAGGUCGGAGUUAGCAUUGGUGUCUUGGACGUGCAUGGGCCUUGUCCCAGGCCACUCCGCACACAUGGGGCUGAGGCGUGGCGCCAGGCCCUUGUCAUCCACCUCACCAUGGCAGAGCCAGCAGGCCCUGUAGGGUAACCCUGCUCUCACCGGGUCCCAGCUUCAAGCGCAUCGGUGGGCGACGGGGGCAACAAAUCAGAGUGACUGAAUUUUCCAUCCCGUUUUGCUUUGACCACAUGUAUUGAGCUGCGGCCUCUGAUAUUCUAUCACAUUUCCAAAAAUGGUAUCCAUUAGGAUAGAAAGAGAACGGAUCUGUAGAAAUGUUUACCUUUCAACUGCCCGUGAAUUCAGGACACUGGAUAGAAAGACUCACUCCCCAAAAUGAGAACAGGGAAGAGGAGACCUGGUGACACUAAGUCGCCAGGUCCCAGGAACGUGGCUCCCUCCCCAGGGUCAUCUCACCUAGAUCUUUCUCUCCCAGGUCAUCUCAGCUCAAUCUCAAUAACCCUAUGAAAGCCCUGGUCUGUUGUGUUCCUUCACCGUACAGUUUCUGUAAUAAAAAGUGUUAAUCCAUGUUAAUCUGUGUGAAAAUUAUUGCGUGCAACAGUAUUUUCUUGUGUACCUCUUUUUCCUAUGUGAAUUGUCCCUCUUUUUUAUUUAUAAAUGUCUACUUUUGUUUUUUUAAAGACAAACCAAUGUGUUGUAGACCUAUAUGUAACCUAUUCCUUAGUCUCAUAUUAUAGGUAUGUUAUAAGAAUGGAUAUUUUACUUGGCUUUAGAAUGUUUUACAAGAAAACUAAUUCUUAACUGAUCAAGUCCUUGCUACUAAAAUGCUUGUGUUUUUCAUCAUGACGUCGUGUGCUUCUAAAUUAAUCAUUUUCGUUGUAGAAAAAUGGAGUGAAUUUAUAUUAGUCUUGGAAACUAAUAAUAGCAUUGUAAAUUUAUGAGAUGAUUUUAACAGAAAAAAAUAUAGAAGAAUAUAGUUAUUUUAAUUGUAACAUUACUAACUGUAGGGUGAGAAAAAGGGGGGUCCCAUUGUGGUGAACUAUGUUAUAGCUUGUUACUCACAGUUUCUUUUUGAUCAUUUUUUCGGUCUCCGAGGUGAAACGACUUAUUAAUUAAAAUUUGUAAACUCACAUAUGCAUAUUGUAUAUGUGUAGAAAUGUAAUCACACUUUGUCUUGGAAUUACAUUAAACUGUUUGAAAUCACUGUA